UCCACCGCCCCGUUUUGUGAGAGACGAGCAGCCGUGAAGUCCUCAUCCCAUUGCUUCCAUCCCGUUGAUCGGCGCGGAUGAUUCGGAUCCCGAUGGCUCUCUAUACCUGGUCGCUCUGCAUCGCCCUGAUCCUCUGUCAGCUGUGUCAACAAGUCUCCUCGUCUCGUGUCGCGGAGGGGGAUCUGGUGAGCUGCUCACAACCGCCCGAGAACCUCCCUGAGGAGCCCAUCGACAUCAGGUGGAAAAGAACAGAUAUAGACGGCAUCCCUUGCUGGUCUUGGCCGCUGCAAUGAAUGCAUCGAUUGCAGUUGUUCUGUGAAGGUCCCUGAGGCGUUCAGGAAGCGCAUCCAGGCAAAGCUCAGGGACAGCCUGGAUGAAAGGGGCAAAGACACGCUCGAUGUAGUCUUGCGUCUCCGAGGUUUUGAGUCCUUCCUUGAGGUGUCACUGCAGGAGGUAUGUAAUCCAUCUUACGUAACCAUACGACAACACUCAGACGUCUCCCUCAGGUCGAGGGGCUGGACGUGACAGGUGGUGAAUGCUAUUUGAAUAUCUAUAGCUGGUCGGGGCCGCGCACCUGCUACUUGGCGGGGUAUGUGUGCAUGACCGAGAAUACAAGCUGUCAGCCCUUUUAUGUAUUAUUGUGUCUCUGUCCAGUCUGAAAAAAACCGGCAAGCUGAAUGGCAAUACCCUUAUGAUCGCAAUGCUCUCAUGGAUUGACCAGUUUUCGCCUGCGUACGGCUGCACAGAGGUGACAAUCGAUGACGCCAGCAGCAUCAAGGAGAUGUAUGUGCUCUCAAAAGCAGGUACGCGCAGAUGAUGCACAGGCUCUGACAUGCACAUCGAUCCGUUCAAUUCGUCGGCAUGUGCAUGUCAGGCUUCUACUAUCAAUCCUUUGGCUUCCGGCAUGCCCCUUCGGCGAGACAAAGAGGCAUGAUCGGAAACUGCAAGAAGAUGAUCAGCUCUCUUUUUGACAGGAAGGACAGUCUUCCAACCGCCGAAUUCAAUCUCGUCAAGGCCAUUCACGAGGAGGCCAAGGUGCACGAGAGGAUGGGCAUGAUCUACAAAAAGGUCCUCGAUGUCAACAUUAAUGAUGGCGCCGCCACACUCGAGCCAGUGGCACUCGAGCAGCUCCGCGGCAGAAUGGUCGAGGGCGUAGAGCAGGAGAGCGGCUUCAAGAAGGAGAUGCUGCCCUGGCAGCCGCUGCGCAUAGCGUUCGACAUCCUCAAGGCUUGGCCGGAAGUCAUAGAGAUGACUCGUGAGUGCGUGGCGAAGCGCGAGAGGAUUGCUGACGGCCCGCAAAACCCCCAAGCCAAAAAGCUGCUGCCCCAUCUGGCCCCAUCAGUGACCAUCGACCCCAGCUACCCCCCAGGCAUCACGGCUCACCAGGUCAUUACAUGGACUCAGUACGCGCUCAGUUGCCUUGAUUGAUGGUACAAGUGUGUGUCUCUCUCCUGGUGUGUGUGUCACCAAACAGAUCAUGUGUCUCAUUCAGUCAGCCCGUCUGGCGCUCGUGACGAGCGAAGACAAAGAGGUGCUCCGGGAAGAGAUGUGGAAAAUGCCGUCCCUCAGACUGCUCGAAUUCAGCCUCCCUGACGAUGCGAGGCGAUGCCUGCGCGUCAGUGAUGCUGUGCGGCAGCUGAAUGACACACAUGCCUACAGCCUGGUGGAAGAGUUUGCCCCGGAGCUCCUGCAGGAGAGCCGGAAGAGGCAAAGAAGCGAAGAGGCACAAGAGGAGGAAGCGAGGAGCAAGGCACAGAAGUACUAAUGGUAGAAACCAUGAGACACGAAUCAUCCGGGCCGCAGACGGAUCGAACUCGCCG